AUGAACAGAGCCCACGUCUGUGGAGCCAGGGCUUUAGCCGGGAUCCAUGAGGGGGGAGGCGAGUACAAUGAGAAUCCUACCUUAGCUGCGGCAGAGGUUUUUAAGGCCAUGGGAAUACUCUACAGGCCUGCAAUAACCGUACAUGUUAUUGACCCAACGAAUAUGGGAGCCGUCGCUAGCGCAGCUUACUGUGAGAUUGACUGGUACGGUACAGCAGCACUACCGGUGUCUAUAGACGUCCUCGAGGAGGUAUCCUUAGCAGAGUUGGCCAAGAUUGCAAUGAAGCGUGUCCCAAAGAUUGCCGAUGGUGUGCCCCCGAGGGUUAUCCGGGCCCUCUAUGGAGCCAUGUCAAACGGAGCCCCUAGGGUGCCUGGGGCAGCGUAUGCACUUAAUCCGGAAAAUGUUCGUAUUGGCGAAGCGGAGAAGUUGGAGGCAUGGCUCAAGACCAGUGAAGCCAAACCUUUGAGGCCUUAUGCUGUGCUCCAUAGGCCUCGUGCACUGCUUGGCAAGCCUAGACAUAGGCCCGAAACUCCUCCGCCAGAUAGGUAUGACGACCUGGAUGAAAAUAAUUUCCAAGUGAUAGAAGUCGAUAAGGAGGAGCAAAUGCUUACCUUUAUUGAUAAGGUAAAUAACACUGGUCUGAGUUUUGCUAUGCCCCAAAGUGAUGCCGGUUUCCAGGAGUUGAUGGCGGUAUUUGAUGAAUGGGUAGAAAGAUACCAAACGAUAGCGCGUAGGCUAGUUAGGCGAUAUAGGUCGAAGUUUCCCAAUGGCAUUGGCUUUAUCUCUUGCCACUAUGAUCGCUUCAAGAUUUGGACAUUGGCUGAGAUAAACCAUCUAUUUAGGCAUAGCGGAGGUAUAGGUGGAGACAAAAACGAUGUCGAAGGAGAAGGCGACGACGAUGAGGAUGAUGAUUACGGUAACCGAUAA